AUACAGAGAAGAGAUUGGAAAUUGUGAUCUUAUAGCUAGUUGAUAGUUCCCUUAGAGUUUGAGAGCAUAAAUAAGUGUCAUCACAAGAAUUCAGAUAUUUUUCCAAGCUUUGCGGGCACACGUGCAAUUAAGGCGCAGCAAGCCCAAUCCGCGGCUUAAAACAUGUGGAUAUCUCUUACAAGUUACGAAGCUUUAAGAUCUUCUAAAAUGUGAGAGCCUGCACGUUUUCUUAUCUUUAAGUCCCAUUUCUCAGCUCCGUCUCCUUUCUCAGAAGCUAGAAGAACCAGAGGUAAUACCCCAAAAGCUAAUCUCUUUACUGGGUCUGUCACAGCUCUAGCAAGCGUUUCUCUCUUUUGCCGUUUAUUGUUCUUCCAAUAUUCACCCUUUUGUCUGCUUUUUGGUUUUAAUGGUGGAAGAAUCUCGUAUAAUAAGUUCAUACAGUUAGUGGGUGAUGUUAGUUUUAUAGAUUGCCACUGCUGUGCAGCAGAAGUAGAUGGCUUGUUUUUCUGUAAUUUGCAACAACGGGUUUCGUAUUUCUCUAGAGAAAGUGGGAGUUCGCGGUGGAAAAACCAAGUCUUUAUCUAGAUGUAGAGGUUUUUGUCGUAGUUCAUCUGAGUUUCCCUCCCGGGGGUUCUAUAAAUGUUGCAAAUCUCAACUUGGGUUGUCCUGGAACAAUAAGCUUAGUUCCUUGAUUAGGGGAAAUAGUGGCUUGGGCUUUUACAAUUGUUGCGAUAAAUCUAAACGUGCAUUGUCUUGUAACAAUGUAAUUGAGCCACUGAGGAGUGGAAACACUGGAGAUAAACAGACCCACUUGGGUAAAAGAGAGAAUGGUUAUGGGAGAUUGAGAAAGAGGUUCUCAUUAAGAUUACGCCCGAGGUUUAGGUUAUUAAGAAUAAGACUGAAAAUGGUUUCAAUUAGGUCAAUUUUAAAUGAUAUUGGAAUGUUUUUGCGGAAGAACAUAAGACAACUGGCACUUGCAACUUCAAUUUCUAUUGCACUGGGGACAUGCUAUUUGUUUUUGAAAUUAUCAGCAUUGCCAGCUCCAAGAGUUGUUCCUUACUCAGACUUGAUAUUGAGCCUUCAAGAUGGGUCUGUUACUAAGGUUUUACUUGAAGAGGGAUCUCGUCGAAUAUUUUAUAAUACAAACUUGCAGAGUACUGCAAAUGCUGAAACAUCACAUGGGGAACCACCACUAAUAAAUGUUGAAACUGAGAAUGGAUCUGAUAAGGUUGCAACAGAUGAUGGUUCAAGAACCAGCCAAGCACCGAAUGUAAGUGUAUUGAAAAGAUUUUCAAGGACUAGAGCUUCUAACCCGGAGUGGCAGUAUUUGGCGAGAAAAAUCGAUCAUGAUGAAAAAUUUCUCCUUAGUUUGAUGAGAGAGAAGGGAAUUACAUAUAGUUCGGCCCCUCAAUCAAUGUUGACUUCGAUGAGGAGUACUUUGAUAACUGUGAUAGCUCUUUGGAUUCCUCUGAUUCCUUUGAUGUGGCUUCUUUAUCGGCAACUUUCUGCUGCUAAUAGCCCAGCAAGAAAGCGGCAACCUAAUAAUCAGAUGAUUGGGUUUGAUGAUGUGGAGGGUGUUGAUAGUGCUAAGGUGGAGCUUAUGGAGGUAGUUUCAUGCCUGCAAGGAGAUGUUAACUAUCAAAAGCUAGGAGCAAAGUUGCCUAGAGGUGUAUUACUGGUGGGCCCUCCAGGAACAGGAAAAACAUUACUGGCCCGUGCAGUGGCUGGAGAAGCAGGAGUGCCAUUCUUCACUGUUUCUGCCAGUGAAUUUGUGGAGUUGUUUGUUGGAAGAGGAGCAGCUCGUAUUCGAGACCUUUUCAAUGUGGCAAGGAAGUGUGCUCCUUCAAUCAUAUUCAUUGAUGAGCUUGAUGCAGUUGGAGGGAAGCGUGGUAGAAGCUUCAACGAUGAACGUGACCAAACCUUAAACCAGUUGCUCACAGAAAUGGAUGGAUUUGAGUCGGACAUGAAAGUGGUUGUUAUUGCAGCAACUAAUAGGCCCGAGGCAUUGGAUCCAGCUCUCUGUAGGCCUGGUCGCUUCUCAAGAAAAGUACUCGUAGGAGAACCAGAUGCUGAAGGAAGGAAAAAGAUAUUGGCUGUACAUUUGAGAGGAGUUCCACUAGAGGAAGACAAACUUUUUAUUUGCGAUCUAGUUGCUUCCCUGACUCCAGGUUUUGUAGGUGCUGAUCUUGCGAACAUUAUUAAUGAAGCUGCUUUACUUGCUGCUCGUAGAGGCAGUGAAAUUGUGACAAUGGAAGAUAUAAUGGAUGCUAUUGAAAGAGCGAAAUUUGGGAUCAAUGAUAAGCAUCUGAGGCCUAGUACACUAAGCAAGGAGCUUGGGAAACUGUUUCCCUGGAUUCCCUCUCUGGUGGGAAGGAAUGACACCAGACAGGAUGGAGUGCAAGGUCCAUUAGGCUAUCAAACUCUCAGCUGACAAGUAUGUUUGCUUGAUGUUUUUACUGUGACGUAUCUACAUAAUAUUUGUAAUCUUAUGUAAUUUUUGAAUGUCAAAUAAAUUUUGAUUUCUAUUUAUAAUCUUCUACACAAGAGAAAUAUCUAUUAUAAUAAAUGCAAAUGGCUUUGAGCUAUUCCCCAUA